GUCACGUCACAAGUGUCAGGGGAAACAAAUCACGUGUCACAGGAGUUCGGUCGCCGAACUUUAACAUCACUUCCGGCAUUGUUGCUGCGGGGAACGGUACCGAGGUCACGUGAGUGGCUGAGGCUGUGGAACCGAUCUGCCUGUCACCGCUGUAAUUAUAGUGUCACCAUGGCAAUGCGUGGACUAAUUGAAGCUGAAUGUGGGGGAUCCAACCCCCUUAUGAAACUGACUAAUCAUUUCACUCAGGACAAGGCCCUUCGAGAGGAAGGACUGCAGCAUGUGUCGUGGCCCCCGGGAGCCACUGUGGUAUCAAAGCCUCUUGGAGAAGCCACAGAAGAUGAGCUUGUUUCAGAAUUUCUGCACACGCGGGCGCCAUCCCUGCAAUCUCGUGCCCCCCACACUUUUAAGAUGGACGGUCUCUUGGCGGAGAUGCAAGAAAUUGAACAAAGCAGUUUCCGCCCAGAGCCGCUGAGAGCACCAGGUGUUGCAGAUCUGGCGUUGUCUGAACAGUGGUCAGCAGAAUUCCUCGGGGUGGAAGUGGACCCUGUGGAAGAGGAGGACUGGAGCCGAGAGUUCACAGAACAGGCAGAUCCCCAUGCCUCACCAUCUCGUUGGGCAGAAGAAUAUCUCCAACAGUCAGAAGAGAAGCUUUGGCUUGGGGAAAGUGAGGGGGCAAUGGCAGAAAAAUGGACUGAAGAGUAUCAGCCGGAGGAUGAUUUGCAAAGAGAGGCCAAAUCUCUUGUGUCUCAAGUAACAGAUCCUAAACUUGCAAACACCCAGUUCUUACAGUUUGUAAAGAGGAUAGGGGACGGAGAGCUGUCUUUCUCGCACGCUCCAAGUACUCCCUCCCAGACGGUCUCGCAGGCAGAGCAGUGGUCAGAACAGUUUGUACAUGAGCAGGCUGAGCAGUGGGUGGACCAGUUCGCUCCUUUGGAAAAGGACUUUGAAAAGGCCAAAGCUGCAGUGGAGUCAGAUGUGGAUUUCUGGGACAAACUUCAGGAAGAAUGGGAGGAGAUGGCCAAGAGAGAUGCAGAAGCUCAUCCGUGGCUCUCAGACUUCCAGGACUUGUCUUCCAAAUCCAUUGAUAAGGGAUACAUGUUUGAAGACAACAACCCUUUCUCUGAGGUGUCCCUUCCGUUUGAGGAGGGUCUGAAGCACCUGCGAGAGGGAGACCUUCCCAGUGCCGUGAGACUGUUUGAAGUGGCAGUGAAAAGGGACCCACAGCAUAUGGAGGCCUGGCAGUACUUGGGCACGACACAGGCAGAGAAUGAGCAGGAGCUGGCAGCUAUCAGUGCUCUGCGCAGGUGUAUUGAUCUGAAACCGGACAAUCUGAGCGCCCUUAUGGCACUGGCUGUGAGUUACACCAAUGAAUGUCUCCAGCAGCAGGCGUGUCACACGCUCCGGGAAUGGCUGAGGCACAACCCGAAAUACAGUCAUCUUGUUAAAGAAGAGAGUUCUAGUAACGCUUCACGGGCUCGUUCAUUCGGGACCCUCCUGUCAGACUCUGUAUUUUCAGACGUGCGGGAGCUUUUCCUCUCGGCCGUGAACUCCGACCCCUCUCAGGUGGACCCUGAUGUACAGUGUGGGCUCGGAGUCCUAUUUAAUCUCAGUGGGGAGUAUCAAAAAGCUGUUGACUGCUUCACUGCUGCCCUGGGCCAAAGGCCUGACGAUUAUUUGCUGUGGAACAAGCUUGGUGCGACACUUGCCAAUGGGAAUGAUAGUGAGGCAGCAGUGGAAGCUUAUCGACGGGCGCUGCAACUUCAGCCGGGAUUUAUCCGCUCCAGAUACAACCUAGGAAUUGCCUGCAUUAACUUGGGGGCACAUAGGGAGGCCAUUGAGCACUUCCUGGAGGCUCUCAGCAUGCAGCAACAGAGUGGUGGUUGUGAAAGUGCCAUGUCUGAUAAUAUCUGGAGCACUUUGAGGAUGGCGCUGUCUAUGAUUGGUCAGAGUGAUCUUUAUUCAUCUGCAGAUGCCCGUGACCUUGCCACCCUACAGGCUGCCUUCCCUCCUCACUCCGCCGCCCAAUGACGUCCGCCCGACCCGCUGCUGUGCGAGUGCAUGUUGGGCGGCCACCCACAAUGCACUGCUU